CUCUACCGCCCCAUAAACCUGAACUUCCCAGCUCCUCUCUCUCUCUCUCUCUCUCUCUCUCUCCGAGCUCCGAGCUUGAUCUCUGCGUUGUUCGGGUGUUUGCGCAACGUUCACGACGGAGAGUCAUAGAAAUGGCGGCGAAGCGGUUCUUUAGCGAAUCAGGGAAUGACCGGGACCAGCCACCCGAGAAACGCAUGAGAACUCGACCUAGCUUUGCUUCCAUAAUCGGGGAAGUGGUCAUGGUGAACUCCUUGCAGCACUUUUGCACGGCCCUCGAACCGAUGCUUCGAAGAGUGGUGAACGAAGAGGUCGAACGCGGUCUAAGACGCUGCACGCGCUCUCUCACUAGGGCUCCAUCGGUUCGGAUUCAGGCACUGGAACCGUCGAACCUUCAACUUAAAUUCGGGAAGAACCUUAAUCUUCCCAUCUUCACCGGGAGCAAGAUAGUCGAUGAAGACGGAUCAGGUCUCCAGAUCCUCCUCAUUGAAGGCGACCAAAACCUCCCGAUGCCUAUCCCUGCGGGCCCAAUCAAAGUAGAGAUUGUCGUCCUAGAUGGGGAUUUCCCCCCUUGCGAACGGAGCAAUUGGACCAGCGAGGAAUUCGACAGUAGCAUCGUGAGGGAGAGGUCCGGGAAGAGGCCUCUACUUGCUGGUGACCUCAACAUUACCAUAAGGAACGCAUUUGCAUCUGUGGGAGAGAUUGAGCUGACGGACAACUCGAGCUGGAUAAGAAGUAGGAAGUUCCGGCUCGGCGCCAGGGUGGUCCCUGGGAGCUACCACGGUGGCAGGAUUCGUGAGGCCAUCACCGUUGCAUUCGUGGUGAAAGAUCACCGCGGAGAAUUGUACAAGAAGCACUAUCCCCCGAGGUUAGACGAUGACGUUUGGCGGCUCGAGAAGAUCGGGAAGGACGGAGCGUUCCACAAGAAGUUGGUUGCUGAAGGAAUCAAGACCGUCCAGGACUUCCUGAAGACGUCUGUCGUGGACACUUCGAAGCUCAGAGCAAUUCUGGGUCAGGGGAUGUCUGAGAAAACCUGGGAGGCAACAAUAAAGCAUGCUAGGACAUGUGAGAUGGGCAACAAGCACUACGUCUACAAUGAAUCCAACUGCACCAUCAUCUUGAAUCCGAUCUGCCAAGUUGAAAGGGCUAUCAUUGACGGGCACACUUACACCACACGGGAGCUCUCGACUGCACUCAACCGGGCAUACAUCGAGAACAUGGUGAGGCAGGCGCACGCGAACUGGAGCUCACUGCACGAGUUCGAGGGUCUAAUGAACGAGACUGCUCUGCUCACCCAAGGUGAAGUGGAAGAUCAGUAUCCGCCACGUAAUGAGAUGGCGGCUGAAAGGGCGCUGCCAUUCCAGCAUGGCGGGUACCAAUCAGACCGGACACUGUUUGAGGUGGGCUACUUUCCGUUACCGAGCAAUAGCUGCAGCAGCAACAACAACCAUGUACAGAAUGUCGGGACGAAUGAUUGGCAAAUGACGACUUCCGUCACGACCCCAGUGGAGCAUAUCAUCAGGUACAGCAUCACUGAGGCGUCAUCUGAUGGUGAUCUCACUCCAAGGUCCUUCAUGACUGGCAGUUAAUUAGAAAGGAAGUUUUUCCAUCCUGCCCGGGACGGUUCGGGGGACCCCAUCAACCCCAAAUGGUCCCCGAUCGGGGCAGUGGAAAUUUCCAUGCUGCAAUGGUGUAGAACAAUAAGAACUGUAUGAUGUAUGCAUCAAAACUAUGUUGUAUAUAGUGAAGUAUUAAGCCAGAAUUAGGAAGGUUUAAUUAUCAAAUUGGUGUCCCUUAAUCCCCAUUGUACGAACCGAUGGGAUUUGCUUUCAUGUGCUGCGAAGUUCCUCCCUCCUCAAUUCCUGAUCGGA